AUGGGGGAGUACGGAUGUAAUGUUUGCAACGAGGAGUAUUCUGCAUUGGACGAAAAGCGUACGCCCAGGGUGCUCACAGGAUGUGGACAUACGAUAUGCCAGGGAUGUGCUUUGUCAAUCUUUAAACCAGGUGUAUCGCAUAUUACCUGCCCCUUCGACAGGGUAACUACCCCUCUUGCUAGCGGAGAUGUUCGGAGUCUCAAAAAAAAUUUUGCUUUGUUGGAACUCAUCGAGCGAAUUCAACAAGCCAGUUCAGGACAGGUAACUUCUAGAAACAAUUUUUUUUNUUUUUUUUGUUUAUUUGGUUUUUGUUGA